GUAAAAAUACCAGCAAUAUGUCAAAAUCACCUGCAUAAAUGCCAUAAAUUGACGGAUGUUUCACUGGAAGAAACUUCAUAUGAGAAAAGCUUUCAAUUAGUUAUGUUUUUUUAAUUUUAUUACUUUUUAAUCAUAUUGAUAACAAGAAGUCACAAUACUAUGAGUAGCCAAAAAUACCUAUCGAAUUCGGAAAGCCCAAAUCCAAGGCUUGGGGAUAUUGAGCAUUUAACGCAAUUAUCAGAAAAUUUAUCAGCACUUUGCAUGAGCCAUGAAUAUUCCGAUGUAGUUCUGAUAGUGGAAGGACAGCGGCUUCAUGCCCACAAGGUUAUCUUAGCCUCCAGAAGUGAUUAUUUUCGGGCUUUGUUGUAUGGUGGAUUGAAAGAAACAAAUCAGUCUGAAAUUGUGCUCUCAGAUGCCCCCCUCAAAGCAUUUAAGAUUCUGCUUAAAUAUAUUUACACAGGUCACAUGUACCUGAUGACCCUCAAAGAGGAAAUUAUUCUAGACACAUUAGGCUUAGCCAACCAGUAUGGCUUUGUGGAGCUUGAGUCGGCAAUUUGCGAUGUGCUACAGCAACUUCUUUCUUUGCGUAAUGUUUGUGCUGUUCUUGACACAGCGCAAGUUUAUGGACUUGACAAUCUUGUAAAAGUAUGUCAUAAUUUUAUGGAUAGACAUGCUUCUAAGAUUUUAGCGCACGAAUCUUUCCUUCAAUUGUCACAGUCUUCCCUUAUAGAUUUACUGAAAAGGGAUUCUUUCUUUGCACCUGAAGUAGAAAUAUUCCAAGGGGUUCUUAACUGGAGCAAAGCUAACGAAGACAUUGGGGAUAACGUCCUGAAAUGUGUUCGGUUACCACUAAUGACAGUCACACAGCUGUUAUCUGUUGUGAGACCUGCUAGCAUUGUUAAACCUGAUGCUUUGUUGGAUGCUAUCGCAGAAAGAACCAACGUUCGAUUGAGCAGCUUGCCUUAUAGGGGACAAUUAUUGAUAAACGAAAAUGUGCUUGGUCAUUGGUCGGAUUCCAAAGUCAUUGAAGGCGAAUUGAAGGAAUAUUUAUUAGAUGGAGACGUUACUUCUUAUGAUAUGGAGAGAGGUUAUACUAGACAUGCUAUAGUGGGACCAGGUGACACAGGAAUCAUCGUCAAGCUUGGUACCCCAUCUAUAAUUAAUCAUAUUCGAAUGCUUUUAUGGGAUAGAGAUUUAAGGUCAUACUCGUACUACAUUGAAGUCUCAAUGGAACAAAAAGACUGGGUUAGAGUGAUAGACUACAGCAGAUACUCCUGUAGAUCCUGGCAAAACUUAUAUUUCGAUAGCCGAGUAGUUCAGUAUAUAAGGGUAGUGGGAACACAAAACACUGUUAAUAAGGUUGUUUUUUCAAUGAAGGUAUUUCAUUUGGUGAACUUGGAGGCAUACUAUAGAACCGAAAUUCCAAAGUUAGUUGAUGGUAUCAUAUGUCCCAAUUACAAUGUAGCCACGUUGAAGAAAAGCGCUAUCGUUAUAGAAGGGGUGAGCCGUGCGCGGAAUGCCUUGUUGAACGGGGAUACUAAGCACUAUGAUUGGGACUCGGGAUAUACUUGCCACCAGCUGGGAUCUGGUUGUAUUCUGGUUCAAUUGGGACAACCUUAUAUAGUGUCUAGUCUCAGGCUACUACUUUGGGACUGUGACGAUAGAAGUUACAGUUAUUACAUCGAGACCUCCGUUGAUGUAUGGAGUUGGGAAACUUUGGUUGACAACACUCGCGAAAACUGUAAAUCCUGGCAAGUCAUUACCUUUCCUCCUAGACCUGUUCUGUUCAUCAAAAUUGUCGGAACCAAUAAUACUGCAAACGAGGUGUUCCACUGCGUUCAUCUAGAGUGUCCGUCCCAAGAAGAAGUCAGCCCUGCAGCUGCGACUGCAAAACCAUCCAGUUCGAAAGCUCAAAAAGAAAACCAAACAUCCGAAGUUUUGGCUCCCACUGAGACUGCUACAGAGGCAGAGGAAAUACCUCCACUGCUAGAAUUCAGAAAUGACUAACAAUAUGAAAAGUUGUUAAAAAUUCAUGUGAAUGAAUAAAAAAAUUGUUUUUUAGUAUCUAAAAACCUAAGGAUAUCUUUGCAUUUGCAUUAUUGGUUGUUCUGUUGAAACAGAGAAAAUAUUCGAUUUUACAAAAUGUUCUACUGAUCUUCGUUUAUCGGUUAACUGAUCUGCUUUAUUAUAAAUUUGAAUUGAUAUAAGUUAUGUACAUUUAAAUAGUUGAAUAUAUUAUUUGAUGUUU